AUGUUUGUGGACAAGGAACUGGACAGAAAGGUCAGGGAGUUGAAAUUUGACCUCAUGAUUGUUUGCGGUUAUUGGUUUUUUGCAAAAGCCUACCUCUUCCCUCACCGGUAUGCGGUUCCUUACGUGUCCAUAGUCCUAGAUAUGCAGCAGCUUGCUGGUGUACCAAUGCUUCCUUCAUUUGUCCCUAGUCUAGCGAUAACUGCCAAGUACUCCGACAAAAUGAGUCUUCCUCAGCGAAUGCUCAACAUCGUUCCUUACGUCUUACUGAAGCAUUCCAUACAACCUAUUACGCCGGAACUUUCCCAGAAGCAUGCCCCGGGGCGCCCUUACAUGUCUACGCCAGAGCUGAUGGCAGAAUCAGAGUUGUGGAUAGUGGACGGAGGCCAGCCCGCCAUUGACCACGUCAAACCGUCACUGCCCAACGUCAAGUACCUGGGAGGUCUUGUGACGCGACCCGCAAAGCCGCUGCCGAAAGACUUGGAGACUUUUCUCAAAAAGCAUGACCACGGCGUGGUUCUUGUGUCGUUCGGCUCCCUGGUCAAAUACAUGCCGGACAGAGUAGUUCAGGAACUUUUCGAAGCCUUCAAGAACGUGCCUUAUGGUGUUAUAUGGAAGUAUAAUGGGCAGCCGCUAAAGAAUGUCCCGGAUCAUGUUAAGAUUGUGUCUUGGAUGCCACAGAAUGAUAUUUUGGGGCAUCCUAACACUAAGCUCUUUAUAACACACGCUGGAAACAACGGGCAGAUGGAGGCACUAUACCACGGUGUGCCCAUGAUAAGCAUACCUUUGUUCGGUGACCAAGAUUACAACGCGGCAAGGGCGGAACAAAAAGGCAUCGCAAUAACAAUGGACGCGGCAUUCUUAAAAUCCGAGGAUCUUAUUUCUGCUAUUAAUAUGAUGAUGGAAAAUGAGACCUAUGCCAAGAAUAUGCGCAGGGCGUCCGCCAUUUUUCGCGAUCAACCCGGCACCCCCGUGGAACUGGCAGGUUUCUGGAUUGACCACGUGAUCAAAUAUGGCGGUUCCUAUAUGAAGUCCCAUGCAAGACUGCUUCCCUGGUACCAGUUCUAUAUGCUUGAUGUUAUGUUGGUGUUUUUAGCAAUGAUUUUAUUAAUUUGUUUGUUCUGUGGAGUUUGUUGUUCGUUUGUUUGCAAAAAAUUACGUGGUCAGUCAACUUCAGCUGGGAAACAAAAGACCCAAAAGACCGAAUAGAGCAUAAUUUUUACUUUGUAACAAAAUUCAGUAUAUAACCUCUGCGUAUAUUUCAGUAUUUUUUUCAUUGCGAAUGUGUCUAAAGAGAAAGACUAUGUUUUAUUUAAACUCUUCAGAUAGAUUCCCAAUCUUUUUCGCCGUUUCUAUUUACACUGUAACUUCAAUUUCCAUCGUUUUUCAUGGACGACGUGGCAAGAAAGCAUUGUUUAGACUCUCAAAAAAGUAACUUGUUGUUAAUUCAUAUAUCAAGAAAGCUAAAUAAAAUGGAUGUG